AUGAGAAUUCUCCACAACCUGAUGGCUCAAACAAUGAAACUUCUGAACAAUACGCUAAGUCAUAUGUCGACAAUUCUUCACAACUUGAUAGCUCAAAUGAUGGUACUUCUGAACGAUUCACUGGGCCGUACGAUGAGAAUUCUCCGCAACCUGAUAACUCGAAUGAUGAAACUCCUGAACAAUCCACUGGGCCAUAUGGUGACAAUUCUCAACUACCCGCUGACGGCAACGACAACUCUAACGUGUCUCCUGAUCAGAACGGAAAUUCUUAUGAGCAAAAUCUCAUAUCGGAUGAAAACAAUAAUGGAGAAAUUUUUGAUUCAAACACCAACACUAAUGAACAAAACUCCAAACCAAUCAAUUUUUAUAUUCCACCCUCUCAGUUAUCGGAUGACCUCAGCUCUGAUCAGAAUAAUUCUGGACCAUCUGAAAACCAAGAAUCUGCUGAUUUGGUCGCAUGCAUGA